AGCCAGAACCAGUCGACGUCGCGAGGGCGCUCUCCAAAAAGCGGAUUCGGCUCAGAGCUCUUCGGAAGCCGUGCUCGAGAAACACAGUCGCGCAAGGGUCUGGCGCUUGUUUACAAACACGCAGACGACAGGUUUUGACUUUGGUGUCUCUUGACGGGGUCAGUAUUUUGGUUUCGGUGCUAGCACUCGAAAUCUUUCUUCCUGAACUCGAACGCAAACGCUUCGUUACCCGACGGAAUGGCGCUCAUGUUGCGUUCAAUUCAACUCGGUGCUUCACAGACGAGGAAUGUCACGACGGGGGCCGUUACCCGGGCUGCGGCCGCCGCUGCGGUACAGGAGAAACCCGAGUUGAAGAAAACCUUCACCGUCUACCGCUUCGACCCUGAGAAGAAGGGGGAUAAACCUCGGAUGCAAACAUACACCGUGGAUCUGAACCAAUGCGGACCCAUGGUUCUGGAUGCUCUCAUCAAAAUCAAGAACGAAAUCGACCCCACAUUGACGUUCCGCAGGAGCUGCCGUGAAGGCAUCUGUGGUUCGUGUGCCAUGAACAUCGGCGGAACUAAUACUCUGGCAUGCAUCUGUAAGAUCGAUAAAGAUCCCGCCGAUCUGAAGAUCUAUCCUCUACCCCACAUGUACGUCGUCAAGGAUCUGGUGCCGGACAUGUCCCUCUUCUAUGCGCAAUAUCGCUCCAUUGAGCCCUGGCUUCAGAAGAAAACCCAGGUCGAUUACGGGGAGAAGCAGAACCUGCAGAGUGUCAAGGACCGCUCCAAGCUCGACGGCCUAUACGAGUGCAUCCUGUGCGCUUGUUGCUCGACAUCGUGCCCGUCUUACUGGUGGAACCCUGACAAGUAUCUGGGUCCGGCUGUUCUCAUGCAGGCCUAUCGCUGGGUCAUCGAUUCGAGGGAUGAAAAUACCGCGGAGCGCCUCAAACGGCUCCAGGAUCCAUUCAGCGUCUACAGAUGUCACACCAUCAUGAACUGUACAAAGACGUGUCCCAAGGGUUUGAAUCCCGGCAGAUCCAUCGCCGAACUGAAGAAGCUGAUGUCCGGUAUCGCGAAGAAAGGAACACCGGAGCUCAGCGGUACCACCGCCUAGAUAAUAGUGAUCUGAAACUUCCAUCUUAGUCUGAGAUAAGAUUUCCGCUCUGAGCCCCGGGGCAACGAUCACUCCGCGGAGAGUGACUCACAGAAGUGAUAAUAAUUUUAGGGACGAAGACAUGAGACAAUAAACCGAUCUUUGAAUCUCGACUAGA